GGGAGGGGUCCGUUUUUCACAGCUUCUUCGCGUUCGUGUCCUGGGUUCGUGUUUCCCGGGCGGGCGGAGGCGCCCCCGGCACUGAGAAGAAGGGGGCUCAGCGCUUCGCGGCGGUGCCUCAGCGGGUUUCGUUUUUGCACUGAAUGUAGCCAGGACAGAUCCCUGUGGGCUUUGGCAGCCCUUGGAAACUGUCAAAGGCAGUAUUUUGCAUUUCUGCAGAGCUUUGCACAGAUCCUGUUCCCAUGCAAACUGAUGAGGGAGAAAUACUGGAGGAAGGCAGUCCCAAGAUGGAACAUGAGGAUUUUGUAAUGGAGGGGCAUGGCAAGACUCCACCUCCUGGUGAAGAAAACAAACAAGAGAAGGAGCAAGAAAGGGAAGAACAGUUAAUGGAAGACAAGAAAAGGAAAAAAGAGGAUAAGAAAAAGAAGGAAUCUGCUCAGAAGGUCACAGAUCAAAAAACCAAAGUGCCCGAAGUGACGAAACCAAGCUUAAGCCAACCAGUGGCUGCCAGCCCAAUUGGCAACUCUCCAUCGCCACCAGUCAAUGGUGGCAACAAUGCCAAAAGGGUGGCAGUGCCGAACGGACAACCGCCAAGCGCUGCCCGCUACAUGCCUCGGGAGGUGCCGCCGCGAUUCCGUUGCCAGCAGGACCACAAAGUGUUACUGAAACGUGGGCAGCCCCCUCCGCCAUCCUGUAUGCUCCUUGGGGGUGGAGCAGGGCCUCCUCCCCCAACAGCACCAGGAGCAAACCCAAACAACGCACAACCAGUGACAGGCGCACUGCUGCAAAGUGACAGUGGGACUGCAACAGAUUCAGCAAUUGGAGGUGCUGCUGCUUCGAAUUAUGCAAAUUCCACUUGGGGUCCUGGAGCCUCCUCCAACAGCGGCACCAACGCCAACCCAACUCACAUCUGGGACAAGGUGAUUGUAGACGGGUCUGACAUGGAAGAGUGGCCUUGUAUUGCCAGCAAAGAUGCUGAGUCUUCUUCCGAAAACACCACCGAUAACAACAGUGCCUCGAACCCUGGCUUGGAGAAGAAUGCUCUGCCAGGAAGCACCACUAAUAACAAAGGAAAAGGAAGCCAGUGCCAGUCUGGAAGCGCUGGAAACGAAUGUAAUCUUGGGGCCUGGAAAUCUGAUCCCAAGGCUAAAGCUGUUCAAUCUUCCAACUCUGCUGCCGAGAGUAACAAUGGACUAGGUAAUUGGAGGAACUUGAGUGGACAAGAUAGAAUUGGCUCCGGUUCUGGCUUCAGCAACUUUAACCCAAAUAGCAACCCGUCUGCUUGGCCAGCACUGGUUCAAGAGGGCAAUUCUAGGAAAGGGACUUCGGAAUCUGAUAGUGGUAGCUCCAAUGCACAGAUUAGCACAGUAGGUCAGACCUCUAGGGAACAGCAGUCAAAGAUGGAAAAUGCGGGUGUUAACUUUGUCUCUGGCAGAGAACAGGCUCAAAUUCAUAACACUGAUGGACCAAAAAAUGGAAACACUAACUCCUUGAACUUAAGUUCACCAAACCCUAUGGAGAAUAAGGGAAUGCCCUUUGAAAUGGGCUUGGGGAACCCUUCCAGGAGCACUGACACCCCUUCACAAAGCACUGGAGAACGAAAGACUGGGAGUGUUGGAUCUUGGGGUACAGCUAGGGGGUCUUCUGGAAAUGACAUAGUCUCUGGACAGAGCAAUUCUGGAAACCAUGGGAACAAUGGAAAGGAUAGAGAGGACUCCUGGAAAGGAGCUUCUGUUCAAAAACCUAAUGGGUCAAGAAGUGACUCUUGGGAUAACAAUAACCGGUCUACGGGUGGUGGGUCUUGGAACUUUGGCCCUCAGCAUUCAAAUGAAAGCAAAUGGGGUGAAGGGAACAAAUUAACAUCUGGGGUCUCUCAGGGAGAAUGGAAACAGCUGUCUGGGUCUGAUGAACUGAAGAUUGGAGAAUGGAGUGGUCCAAACCAACCAAAUUCUAGCACUGGAGCAUGGGACAAUCAAAAAGGCCACCCUCUUCCUGAAAACCAAGGCAACUCCCAGGCUCCCUGUUGGGGAAGAUCUUCCAGCUCUGCAGGAAGUGAGGUUGGAGGUCAAAGCACUGGAAGCAACCACAAAGCAGGAAGUAGUGACAGUCACAAUUCUGGACGUCGAUCAUACAGGCCUACACAUCCUGAUUGCCAGGCAGUCUUGCAGACUUUGCUGAGCAGGACUGAUUUGGACCCCCGAGUGCUUUCAAACACCGGCUGGGGCCAAACUCAAAUUAAGCAAGAUACCGUGUGGGAUGUUGAAGAGAUGCCACGGCCCGAGGGGAAGCCUGAUAAAGGAACUGAGGGGUGGGAGAGCUCUGCCACACAGACAAAGAACUCAGGGGGUUGGGGCGAUGUACCCAGCCAAAGCAAUCAAAUCAAGUCUGGAUGGGGUGAGCUCUCAACCCCAACGGAGUGGAAGGACCCCAAAAAUACUGGAGGAUGGAAUGACUAUAAGAACUCCAAUUCUUCUAACUGGGGAGGAGGAAGACCAGAAGAAAAAUCAUCUUCCUCUUGGAAUGACAGCUCUAGUAAGGAUCAGGGUUGGGGUGGACGGCAGCCUAAUCAAGGAUGGUCUUCUGGAAAGAAUGGUUGGGGAGAGGAAGCUGACCAAACAAAAAACAGCAACUGGGAAAGUGCAGGAAACAAGCCAGUGUCUGGUUGGGGUGAAGGUGGGCAAAAUGAGAUUGGAACUUGGGGUAAUGGUGCAAAUACAACCGCUGCUUCAAAGAGUGGCUGGGAUGAUUGUAAAAGAACUUCAACAUGGAAUGAGACGGGUCGACAGCCUAACUCCUGGAACAAGCAGCAGCAGCAGCACCAACACCAGCAGCAACAGCAGGAGGCUUCUGGUUCUUGGGUUCCACCGCCCCAAACUCCAAGUAAUGGUCGACCUCCAAACCCAAACUGGAACAGUGGACCACAGCCAGCUGCCCCCAAAGAGGAGGAGCCUAGUGGCUGGGAAGAACCUUCUCCACAGUCAAUCAGUCGAAAAAUGGAUAUUGAUGAUGGCACUUCAGCGUGGGGAGAUCCUAGCAGUUAUAACUACAAGAAUGUGAACCUGUGGGACAAGAACUCACAAGGAGGACAGGCCCCACGGGAACAGAGCCUGCCUACUCCAAUGACUAGCAAAUCACAAGCAUCAGUCUGGAGCAAAAGCACUCCACCUGCUCCAGAUAAUGGUACGUCUGCCUGGGGUGAGCCAAAUGAAACCAGUCCCGGGUGGGGUGAAGUAGAUGAUACAGGAGCAUCGACAACAGGCUGGGGGAAUGCACCUUCCAACGCCCCGAAUGCCAUGAAAUCUAGUUCUAAAUCUAUGCAAGAUGGCUGGGGAGAGAAUGAUGGGCCAGUGACAGGAACUCGUCAUUCCAGCUGGGAAGAGGAGGAGGAGGGAGGAGUCUGGAACACGGCAGGCUCUCAGGGAAGCAGUUCCUCCCACAACUCAACAAGCUGGGGGCAGGGAGGAAAGAAAACACAAAUGAAGUGCUCAUUAAAAGGAGGGAAUAGUGAUUCAUGGAUGAAUCCUUUAUCCAAGCAGUUUUCAAAUAUGGGCUUGCUAAGUCAAACUGAGGACAUUCCAGGCAGUAAGAUGGACUUGUCUGUAGGUGGUCUCCCAGAUAAGAAGUUUGAUGUAGAUAAACGAACCAUGAAUCUCGGGGAUUUUAAUGACAUGAUGAGAAAGGAUCGAUCUGGGUUCCGUCCACCUAAUUCCAAAGACAUGGGAACCGCAGAUAGUGGGCCUUAUUUUGAGAAGGGUGGCAAUCAUGGUUUGUUUGGAAACAGCACAGCACAAUCGAGGGGCAUGCACACACCAGUGCAGCCACUAAAUCCUUCCCCCAAUAUCCGGGCGCAAGUGCCUCCCCAAUUUCUUUCUCCCCAGGUUUCGGCCUCCAUGCUCAAACAGUUCCCCAACAGUGGCUUGAAUCCUGGUCUUUUCAACAUGGGCCCCCAGCUUUCUCCACAACAGAUUGCCAUGCUGAGCCAGCUUCCACAGAUUCCCCAGUUUCAAUUAGCAUGUCAGCUUCUCCUUCAGCAGCAGCAGCAGCAGCAGCUGUUACAGAGCCAGAGGAAGUUAUCUCAAGCUGUGCGACAGCAGCAGGAGCAACAGAUUGCUCGUAUGGUGAGCGCCCUUCAGCAACAGCAGCAGAGACAGCCUGGCAUGAAGCAUUCACCAUCCCACCCUGUUGGGCCUAAGCCACAUUUAGACAGCAUGGUACCCAAUCCUUUGAAUGUGGGUCUCUCAGAUUUACAGACCAAAGGGCAAAUACCUGGAUACGGUUCAGGCUUUGGCUCAAGUGGCAUGGAUUAUGGCAUGGUGGGAGGGAAAGAGGCUGGAACAGAAUCCCGUUUUAAGCAGUGGACUAUGAUGGAAGGGCUGCCCUCUGUGGCUUCACAAGAUGCCAAUAUGCACAAAAAUGGUGCAAUAGUGCCCCCUGGAAAGGCUCGUGGAGGAUCGCCCUAUAACCAGUUUGACAUAAUUCAGGGUGACCCACUGGGUGGCCAUGCAGGCCCUGCUGGUGAUAGUUGGUUACCUGCCAAAUCUCCACCAACAAACAAGAUCGGAAGCAAAUCCAGCAACGCCAGCUGGCCUCCAGAAAUUCUGCCGUUCAAGAGAGCAGUAUUGUUCAGCACAAAGAUAAAUGAAGUGGUGCCAAAUCAAACUGAUAUCACAGCUGGAGAGUUCCAACCAGGAGUGCCAUGGAAAGGUAUACAAAACAUCGACCCUGAAUCUGACCCCUAUGCGACCCCUGGAAGUGUGCUGGGGGGGACAGCCACAUCUCCCAUUGUAGAUACUGACCACCAACUUCUGCGGGACAACACCACAGGGUCUAAUUCUUCCCUCAACACCUCGCUGCCUUCACCUGGUGCCUGGCCCUACAGUGCCUCUGACAAUUCCUUCACCAACGUUCAUAGCACUUCAGCAAAAUUCAGUGAUUACAAAUCAACAUGGUCCCCAGAUCCCAUAGGACACAAUCCCACUCAUCUCUCCAACAAGAUGUGGAAAAACCAUAUUUCCUCAAGGAACACUACAGGGCUGCCCCGCCCACCCCCUGGCCUGACCAACCCCAAACCAUCAUCUCCAUGGAACAGCACAGCAGCCCGAUCGGUCAGGGGCUGGGGGGCACAGGACUCAAGGCUUUCCUCUGGUGAGAAGAAUCAACUGAUAGCACCAUUGAUCAGGCCUGAAGAGUCAUCUGCUUGGAGUGAUGGUGGUUCAGUUCGUCCUAGCUACUGGCUGGUUCUUCACAAUCUCACUCCACAGAUUGAUGGGUCAACCUUGAGGACCAUCUGCAUGCAGCAUGGCCCACUGCUGACAUUCCAUCUGAACCUGACCCAGGGCACCGCCCUUAUCCGAUACACCACCAAACAGGAGGCAGCCAAGGCCCAGACUGCACUGCACAUGUGUGUGUUGGGAAACACUACCAUCCUGGCUGAGUUUGCCACAGAUGAAGAGGUUAGUCGCUUUCUGGCACAAGCUCAGCCCCCUACACCUGCAGCAACCCCAAGUGCACCCACAGCAGGCUGGCAAUCCCUGGAGACAGGACAGAACCAGACAGAUCCAGUUGGACCUGCUUUGAAUCUCUUUGGUGGGUCAGCAGGGCUUGGGCAGUGGAGCAGUGGUGGCAGCAGUGGCAGCAGUGGGGGUGAUCUCACUGGCGCUUCAUUGUGGGGUCCCCCAAACUACUCUUCAAGCUUGUGGGGGGUUCCAAGCGUAGAGGAUCCACACAGAAUGGGCAGCCCUGCUCCCUUACUACCUGGAGACCUUCUGGGAGGAGGGUCGGAUUCAAUCUGAACUUAGAACUUUCAACUCUGACCUCGUGACCUUUUUUGGAACAGCAGCAGCACUAACUUGACCUUUUCGUUUUUUUCAACUUGCAAUAAAUACAUUUAUAAAAGGAAAAAAGAAAACGGAGAGAGAAAAAAAAAAGGUGGGUCAUUGACAGACUGUCUGAGCACAUAGUUGCCUCCCUUAUAUAACUUCAGUUUUUUCGUUUGGAAUAUGAAUCCAAAAAGAGAACAUAUCACUCUUGAAAUACUUGAAUCAUGAACGCCAACUUAGAAAGACAAUGUGAAGCAAGUACACAUACCAUUUAAAUUUAAACACAAAAAAUUAAAAAAAUUAGUUUCUAGUUUUUCACUUUUUCAUGUUAUACGGAAGUUGUUGCUAAGAAACAUAUAUACUGAAAAAAUAGCUUUUUAACUUUGUUUGCACUGGGUGUGUUUCCGUCCUUAGGUCUACCAUGUUGGGUUGGGGUAAGGGAGGGGUUCAAAAGAAAGGGGUUGGGGGGGAGGGAAAGACUUGACGGAGCCUCACUUUAAAAAAAAAAAAAAAAAAAAAAAAAUUAAAAAUGUAAAAACCCACAAAAAAAAA